AUGCAAGUCUACACAGAAAGAGCCGCCCGCGGCACUGAUCACGGUUUCAAACAGGUAGGUCAUCAAAUACCCGUUCAACAUCAGAAGAAGCCUGGGCUACAAGAAGAGCUGGAGUAUCCAAAGCCGGUUUCAACCCACAUACCGACCGAGGAAGGCGAUUAUACGUCAGCUAUCAUCACAGGUGGUGACUCUGGAAUUGGCCGUGCCAUUGCUAUAUUGUUUGCAAUGGAAGGAGCAUCUAGCUUGAUUGUCUACUUGCCAGAAGAGGAAAAAGACGCACAAGAGACAAAGAGAAGGGUCCGGGGCACAGGACAUGACUGUCACUGCUUGACUGUGGAUGUUCGUAAGAAGGAGAGUUGUCGAGAAGUGGUUGAUACCGCCAUGCAAUGUAUGGGUGGCAUAGACAUUUUGGUGAAUAAUGCGGGAUUCCAGAACAUGAUUGGGGAUAUUAGUGGCCUUGAAGUGGAUCAGUGGGAGCGCACAUUUGACACUAACAUCCAUCCAUUCUUCUACCUUUCCAAGUACGCGCUUCUGCACAUGAGAAGUGGUUCAACUAUAAUAAAUUCAACCAAGGGUGCAAUCGUUGCGUUCACCAGGGCCUUGUCUAACCAACAAGUUGGAAGAGGUAUACGGGUGAAUUGUGUUUGUCCUGGCCCAAUCUGGACACUUCUGAUCCCAUCAACUAUGAAUAGUGCUGCAAUGGAUGAAUUCAGCAGUGUGCCAAUAGGCCGUCCAGGGCAACUGAGUGAAGUGGCUACUUGUUUUGUCUUCCUAGCAAGCCAAGACAGCAGCUAUAUCUCGGGGCAAUCCUUGCAUCCCAAUGGAGGUGUUGUUGUUAAUGGGUAG